AUGCAGCGCAGCGACCGCUGGCCGUCGGACUACGACCCGGACCCGCGCUCGCGGCGCGGCUCGGCGUCUUCUAGAGGGUCCAAGAAGAAGUCACCUCCUGCUUCGGCUACUUCUACCCCGAAGAAGGUCACCAAGCCGCAGAACUUGGACUUUGUUGUUACUGGGAAACAGCUGCUAAAGAAGGGUGACCGCGCCAACUCCCUCCCGGGCUCGUACCGCCGCCGUCCCUCCCUCGACACCCCUAAAACCAGGAAACUCCCUUCGCCGAAGAGACUGAACGAGUCCCAGUCUUCCAAGAGCCGGGAGACUUCGCUGGAAGACGACGUGUCACUUGAACUUAGUCAGGUCUCUCUGGGAACCCCGAGGACCCAGAAACCUUCUCCGAAGGCCUUGUCCAACGAGUCCCGGUCUUCUAAACGCGACACGUCGACGGAAGACAUGACUUUGGAACUCAGUCAGGUAUCAGAUUUCGAAGAUACGAACUCAAAAUACGGCGUAAAGAAAUUCAGCGCACUGGCUACAUCCACCCCGAAGAAGAGAGCGUCCCUCCCGCAACCCUGCAAGUGGGACAAGGAUAGUGGGCAGAGUGGGCAGAAGACUGGGCGGAGCGUCAGCGUGUGUAGACCGCCUAGUGCUAGUUAUAGGCCGUCGACAGAACCGGACUACUCCUCAGUGUCUCCCGAGUACUCGCAGUCCUCGGCGGAGACCUCCCCCGCUCAGACCAAGAUGGAGUGCAGCCAGGACUUGUCUAGUUGCUGCGUCAGCACCUGGCUCGAAGAUGAUGACACGAGAGUGGAGACCCGCCGAGCCGACGGCGAGUGGAACACGUUCUGGGUGAACUACAACAACUCUAUCGCUAAGGUCCCCAUGAAGAGUUACUAUGACCAGUGCCCGACGCCGUAUCGGACGGAAAAUAUCGAGUUGGCAGAUUUAGAUUUCUCUGAAACCUCCCGAAAGCGCUCCCCCGAAGACAUGAAAAACAUCAACAGCAUCAUCCGGAACGAGGGUCUCCACCUCACCCCCCGAGAGACGCAGAACAUCAUCAAAUGCGCACAUAUCCUGGGCAACGUACUGAGUACGGCCAUAGAGAGAAGGUCCAGGGAGAAGGAAGAACCGGAUAAAGUGCAAGAACUGCAGGUUGACACUGAGGCUGACACAGAAAAAGACCAAAAGAAAAAAUCAAUGACACUAAACCUGAAAGAGACAAACGUACCCGCCGAAGUUAAAGAGGAAAAGAGAAGCGAGACCGUGACCACACAAACUGAUAUUUCUCUACCGAACACGAAGAGCGCGCCGAGAAUCUUCGAGAAUAUUCUCAGGCAGUUAUCGAGAAGUUCCAUAGACGAGGCGUCUUUGAGGAAGGCGAAGGAAAGUUUGGAAGUUGAGAAGAAGGAAGAAAUUGAUAAAAAGGAAGAAAGAAAGGCGAAGGAAAAGAAAAGUGAGACGAAGUAA